GGGAAAUAACUCUAGAAAGUUAAAGGCAAUGGAAGAUAGAUGGAAAUGGACUGAUGCACAUUUUUGUAGUCUGUCAUCACAAACAAAUGUGUAUGGCUUAACAAAAGUGACAGGCAAUGAAGGAACAAACAAAGUUCUUGUUGCUCCUCUAGAUGGAAGGGUUAUUUCUAUAGAAUAUACACAAAGAGAUAAAAGGUUGACUCCUUGUACAAAAUGCAUUCAGUUUACUUACAUUCCAGGUGAUGCAGAAAUUGUAUCAGUAGAUGUGAUCAGCAACUGUCUCAACCGCCAUGGCAUUGUUGUUGGCAUUACCUUUUUCAAGUUACAAGAAAAUGAAAGUAAACCAGCCAGUCAGUUCCUCAACUUGUAUUCAUCAUGUCAGUCUGGCGAGGAAGCAAACCUGGAUGUGGUUGCUCAGGGUUGCCAGAGUCUGGAGCUCAGCUUUAUACCAUAUCAGCUGAUCCAUACAAAUUUGAUUUUGGAAAAGACCGAGGAAACUGUAUUUUUGCUAAGUGGAGGUGAUAAUAAAAUGCACCUGUAUAGAGAGGUGUCAGAAAACCAUAAGUUUGAAGAGGUUCCUUCAGAUGAAUAUUUUCCAGAGUUUUCAAACAUAACACAGAGUGUAUUAGUGACAACAAUCCUCAAUUUGGAUGGAAACCAGAAACGGUUAACUGCUAUGGGACACCAAGAUGGAUUGGUGAAAUUGUCGUUAGUCGAUGCUGUGAAGAGAGAAAUUUUACAGACAUGGUCUACAGAACACGACAGCCCUAUCACCUGUCUGAAGCUGUUCACUCCAGAGACACAGGUUCCCUGUCCCCCGUUUAUUGAAUCUACGCGUGUGGAAGAAAACGGCUCGUACAAGAGUAGACUGAAAGAUAAAACUUACAACUUGGUGGUAAUAAGUGCUCUAGACACUGCUGUUGUCUACAGGAACAUGAUGCAGAGUGGAUUUACCGACCCACUUCCAUUGCCCGGCAGUGAUCAGUUUGACUGUCCCAUGUGUGCGUGCAUUGUUGACAUCGACUUUGAUGGAGAACAUGAAAUUUUGAUUGGUACCUAUGGUCAGGAAUUACUUGCAUACAAGUACGUAAGUAAAAAACAUGUGCCUCCAGAAAAACCAGCAGACUUUGUUGAACCUGCAUCUGAUGUCAUAGAUCCCCUCAAUACACCGGUACUCAAGAACGACAUCCAGCUAGAAGAGAUACCAUCACAGACAAGGAGAAACCUGGACUGUGUUGUGACCGGCAGCACACCAGACAGUGCUGAUGGGCACCAUGAUGAUGUGGAUCGGUCUACAGGGUUUCACUUGUUGUGGCAGAGGAGCUUUCCGUGUCCAGUGAUGGGGAUCGAUUCAUUAGACAUUACAGGGGAUGGCAUUGAAGAACUCAUAGUGGUUACAUUGAAAGGACUACAUAUUCUGCAGCCUGACCUCAACGAAGUGUCGGAGUUACUGUUAGAAAGACUGCGAAGUCUUACAGACACUGGCUCAGAUGCUGACGAUGCCUACAGGAUUCUACAAACUGAAACAUUUGGCAAGUGAAUCGUGAUCUUGUGGGUGAUGUGAGAAUGGAACGAUUUUACUCGUGUGAGGGUGUGCCUGGUAGAGAGUGAAGUAUAUAUCAAGAAUGGAACAUUGUUGCUCAUAUUAAUGUGUGCCUGGUAACAAGUGAAAUAUAAUGACAAAACU